AUGCUCUCGUCGCUCAUUACUCCAUCACGCGCUCUUAGCGUAGGCGCCCUCGCCGCGCUUGCCGUCCCCGCUCUUGCACAGGACAGGACAACCGAACAAGGCGAGGCCGCAAUCACUGACGCCACGCAAGAGUGCACGGCGUAUUACUACGCACCCUCUGCCACCGCCGUUCAGGGUGGCAAAUUCCCUACCAUCUGGCAGAACGCCUCUAUCCUCCCCAGCGAUACGGAAGCACAGGCCGUCUGGGCCAAGAUCGAGCCCAGCGUCCCGACGAACAUCCAGCCCAAGGGAACCCGCACCAGCUCGACGCAGGGCGUCACGUAUGAUGCCGCUACCGAUCCGGAUUGCUGGUGGACGAUUGGCACGGCUGGCCACAAGUGUACGACGCCCAAGCUCGCCGGAUUGCCCAAUGAUACCUGGUUCAUGCCCGAGCCCAUGACUAUGGGUAUCGGAUACGACGAUGGCCCGAACUGCUCGCACAACGCCUUUUACGACUUUUUGGAACAGCAAAACCAGAAGGCGACGAUGUACUACAUUGGCUCGAACGUCUUGGACUGGCCUCUUGAGGCUCAGCGUGCACUUGCGGACGGCCAUGAGAUUUGCGUUCACACCUGGUCCCACCCGUACAUGACUUCGUUCACGAGCUCGGACGCGUUUGCGGAGCUGUACUACACGAUGCAAGCUAUCAAGCUUGUUACCGGCGUUACUCCGACCUGCUGGCGUCCCCCGUACGGUGACGUCGACGACCGUAUUCGUGCCAUCGCCCAUGGUCUUAACCUCACCACCAUCGUCUGGGGCUACGAUUCGAACGACUGGCAGAAUGGCCUCAACGGUAUCACCGACGCUGACGUCGACAACUUCUACCAGGAGUUUGUCAACAACGCGACCGCUGGUAACUUCAACGAGGCCGGUGGUAUCAUCCUCACUCACGAGUUGAACAACUACACCAUGUCCAAGGCCAUCGAAUGGUAUCCCAAGCUCAAGGCUGCGUUCAAGAACAUCGUUCCCGUCGGUGUCGGCCUCAACCGGACUCAACCUUACGUUGAGACCAACUACUCGCUCCCCACUUUCGAGCAAUACGUUAGCGGGCACCUCACCGCCAACCCCUCCAACGCAUCAACGUCAAACUCUUCUUCCCAGAGCACCGGAAGCGGUGGCAGCAGCAGCAGCAACUCGUCGACCUCGGGCGGCAGCUCGAACGACAGUAGUGCUGCCGUCCCGCUCGCGGUCGGCUCAUGGACCGCCGCUCUCACCACCGUCUUCGCGUUUGCUGCCGCUCUCGUACUAUAA